AUGGCGCGCGGGGCUUCUUGGCCUCGGGACGCCCCCGCGACUCCGUCGCCUCCAGCGUGCGAAUCGAUUCGUUGGUGCGUCCGCGGGAGCUGCAGGGGAGUCGCGGGUCAAGGCUACGUGGCGCAGCCGGUGCGCGGAGCCGGGAAGCCGCGCGCUCCUCACCGGCGCGGAGUGUCGGCGGCCGUUGGAGAGAACAAAAGGGAAAGCGAAAGAGACCCUGGUUUCGCAGCCACGCCUCCGAUCCUGCUCGCCCGGCGCCGCCCUCCCCUGAAGGCCGCCGGGAGAACCCCCAGACCUGCCGCUCGGGAACAGGGCCUGGGGAGCAGCCUGCACCAAACGGAGAGCGGUCGUCGCCCGCGCAGGCGGGCUGGCGAAGGGAGCGGGGCGUGCUGCGUCCAGCUCCCUCCCUUCUCCCGGCAAGUCGGCGCGGAAUUGCAAGGGCCCUCCGGCCGCGCAGGCUGCCGGGUCCGCCCCACCCCACCCGUCUGCCUCUGUUGCAGCGUCCAGCAGCUGAGUUCAAAGACCCACCCCAGAGGGGGGACGGACUCCGAGGCUCCCGCUGAGCGUCCCAAGAGCUUCCCCCAGGGGCCUGUCCCCCGCGGUGACGGCUCUGUGACCUACCCCAAGGAGCUUCCAAUCUCCGGGCAGUGACUGCGUCCCGCAGCAGCUCACCAGGAAGCAGGAAGUCAGCGCCUCCUCUCCACUCCCGCCAUUGCCUCUUGGGCACGUGAGGCGCACGCUGACUCAGGCCCCUGCUCAUGAGGACCCACACCCAGCCAGUGCUCUGCUGUGGCCAUCUUGAAGUUCUUUAUAAUUUUUGAACAAGGAGCCCUGUUUUCAUUUGCACCGAGUCUUGCAAAUGAUGUAGCUAUCACAGGCAUGGCCGUGCCCAGACCCCUAGAAUGACAGGUCUGAAGUAGCUGGGGGGGGUCUCUCCCUGCCUGCGCCCCCCGCACUUGCCGCUGCCCCAUCUGCUCAUCCCCUUCCAGCCUUUCCCUGGAUGCACACCAGGCUGGGUCCUGAGCGCGAGCUGGGUCCUCACCCCCUCCAGGAAAAUCCUCUGCCCUCCCCUCCGGUCAUGUGAACAGGGCACUCGGAUCGUGGCUAGGCUCAGCUAAAGCGACCCCUGACCUCUCACAGACGCACCCAGAGCCCUGUGCUCAGACUUUGGGCGCACACUUAGCACCAGAACCAGCCUGCCUCCUCGACUCGAGGCUCUUCUUGGCCGCUAAGCCUUCUCCCUCCCUUUGCCUGUUCCCAUGCCCGGUGUCGGUGACGGCGAGAGCUCGAUCAAACUGAGCGAGCACGUGAAUCUUCAUGCUAAAUGCCUCAGUGGGGGGGCAGGGGGUGCACAGCUUUAAGCCUCGGCCCCCUGGGGAUGUCAGGACCCAUCCUCUACUCAUCCUGGGGCUGCGGCUGAGCUCCUGCUGGGUGCUGCACUGGGGGCUUGGAGCUCCAGACAGGAGCAGAAGUCUGCAGGGGGCCCACUGCACCCACCCUGCCAGAGUGCGGGACAGGGGAGAGGAGUGUGGGUGCAUUCACACUGAGAGACAAGGCCAGAGCUGCCCCAAAGAGUUGGCCCCUUGACAGUGGGGGGACAGGCGAGGGGAGUGAGUGAGAAGAGCAGGAAGGCACCCCACGGAAGCCAGGGAGCCGUGGGCAUGGGUCCCUGCCAUACCUUCUGGGCACUGAGAAGCAGGCAGGGCUGAGCAGAGUGUGGCGGAAGGUUCUGUCCUAACGGGUCAGAUUUCUGGUCCAUUGGCAUUGUGGUUCUAAAAGAUCAAGCUGACCAUAUAAGGGAAUGGACAGAAGCUGCAAGAGAGGGUUAGGGUCCUGUCCAUCCAUCCCACAGAUAUUCUCAGCCGUCCCCUGUGUGGGGCACUGUCGCUGGUGAUGGGAUUCCCGUCCGAGCAAAGCCCUCUGGGUUUAUAGUGAUGAAAAGGCAGAGCAGGAGGAGGCUGCCAUGGGGAGUCUGGGGAGGGACGUUCUGCAGAGGAGGGGAUGGCAGGGCUGGUGCCUGAAGGAUGAGGACAACCAGAGCAAAGGAACCUCCGGGACAAGGAACAGUGUGCACGGCAUGGAAGGUGCCAGGAGGCAGGGCACAGAGCAAGGGGCCCACGCGGGAGAGCCGGUUUCAGUGGCUGCUUCUGUCACCGUACUGGGGCUGAGCCUCAGUUUCCCCGCUGUGACAUGAAGGAAACCAGACUGCCUGGCAUCUAUUUUGAAGAAGAAAGGAAAUGUCUCUGGGGGUGAUGUGCACAGCAUCGGGCUGGUCUGCCCCACUGCAAGGGGCCCCCAGUUCCACAGGACACAUCAGUGGGCUCUCAUGUUGAGCAGAAUUGUGUUUCAAAGGAAUAGAGGAGGGAGGGGCUCUCCCAGGAUGUAGGAGCCAGAUUACAGGUGGGGAGUGCGGGGGUGGGGGGACACAGCAAGGCCAACCCAGUCCCUCCCUCUCACACCCUCACAGCGUGUAUCACUCCCCAACCUCUAGCAUAAAUAUGUCUUUUGUUACUUAUCAAAGGCCUCCCAGGCGCGGGUGAGCUCCCCAAGGGCAGAGACUGUUCAUGUCUGUUUGGCAUGAACUUGGCAGGCACUGAAUGCCCCAUAGAGGGAGUGACUAGAUGGAGGGGGAAGGGCAGCUGUGGGGCAGGAAGGUGGCCGCAGGUUGGCCCGGGGGUAGGUAAGUGUAGGUGCAGAUGUGUCCAUGGGAAACAUCUUUAGAGGAGGAUCAGCGGGGGACCUGGUGUUGGAUCAGCUGUGGAGGAGGGAACAGGUGUGACCAAACACGCACGCACCUUGGAGAGACGGAGCCCCGGGGCGCACCACCCAGUCCUCCAUUCCGACACUGGCCACGUGCUCAGGGACAGGGAGGUGGCAGCAAGUGUAACGGAGCCGUGUGGUUCAGCCGUCGUCCUCGGAGCAGAGGGCAAGCGCUCAGACACCCGCACUCCGGAGACCGCGGAAGGGCGGUCGGAUGAUGGAGAAGGUGGCGACGGGAGACGCGCACCGACGGACGCCGGGGUUAGAGAGGGCAGCGCCGCAGCUGGCGAACUACGUGCACCUGCACAGCCGCCCACCUGGGGCGCGGGCGCGGGGGGGGGGGGGCGACGCCCCGGGGCGCUGCCGGGGCGGGGGGCGCAUCUCCGCGGCCGCGCGCAAACCUCCGCGCCCUCUUCCCCCGCCAGGGUCCGCCCGGCUUUGGCUCCCGACGCUCCGCUGGUGGAAAACUGGCGUAUCUGCCGGACUGGAGGGCGCUUCUGCGCCUCAAGGGUAUUUACCCUCGAGAGACGUGAAGUAGGACCGCGUGAGCGCUCAGCCCGAGAGACGCAGGCCACGCACAGCCCGCGGACGCACGGACGGACCGACGGACUCCUAAGGCUCAGGAGGGACGGUCAGCAAGACCAGACGGGGCAAAGGGGCCGGACUGUCCCUUUCCCUUGGUGGGGGAAGCGCGGGGUGGGGGGGGACCGCGCUCCGGCAGCCAGGCCUGACGUCAUUACACUCGAGCCAAUGGGGUGAGUCUGCGGCUGCGGGCCCCGCCCCCGGCCGAGUCCCGGAGCCCGGACCCGCGAGCUGCCGGGGCAGGGACCGCAGGGUCUGGCGGAGAAUUCGCCGCGUUUGCGUCCCAGUGCCCGGGCGUGUCCUCCAAGUCCUGAGCCGCCGCGAACGCCGUUCCGGGACGUAAAACCACCGGGGAAGUGCGCUUCACCACCGGAUGCCUUCCCCGCACCUCGAGAUGCGGGAACAGGGAGGGAAAACUCAUGCGAUCUUUUCAAUGAAAGAGAAAAUACAUUCUUAGAAAGAAAAAAAAAUCAGCAUUUCUUCAUGGCUCGGAGAGCCCGCCCGGAGCUCUCCGUAAAUGAGGACGAGGGAGA